AUGGCGCGCAACUCUGAGAAGGCGCAGACCAUGCUCAACAGGUACAUCCAAAUGAAGCAGGAUGAGGCCAAGGGCGAGGUGAAGAAGCGCCCGUACCUGGCGUCCGAGUGCUCCGACCUGUUCGAAGCCGACAAAUGGCGGCAACAGAUCCUCAAAGAGAUCAGCCGGAAGGUCAUGGAGAUCCAGAACCCGGCGCUCGGCGAGCACCGGACCAGGGACCUCAACGACGAGAUCAACAAGCUGAUCCGCGAGAAGGGCCACUGGGAGAAGCGCGUGAAAGAGCUCGGCGGCCCCGACUACGCCAAGAUGGCGCCGAAGACCACCGACCUGGACGGCAACGAGCUGCACGGGGCGACGGGCCGCGGGGCCGGGUAUCGCUACUUCGGCGCCGCGAAGAGCCUGCCUGGCGUGAAGGAGCUCUUCGAGAAGCAGGCGCCGCGGAAGGUCCGGAAGACGCGCGCGCAGCUGUUGAUGGGGGUGGACGCGGACUACUUUGGGUUGCGCGACGAGGAGGACGGGGUGCUGGUGGAGGUGGAGGCGGCGGCGGAGGCGCGGAUGCGGGAGGAGGAGCUGGCGCGGUGGCGGGAGAAGGAGGCCGAGCGGGCGGCGGAGGCGGCCAAGGUGCAGGGUGGGCGGAAGCGGCGGGCGGGGGAGGCGGCGGGCGGGGCCGCGGGGGGCGCGGAGGGUGCGGGGGAGGAGCGGUUCGUGGCGUAUGUGCCGCUGCCGGACGACAAGGACAUCGAGGCGCGCGUGGUGGAGCGGAAGAAGAAGCAGUUGUUGGCGCGGUACCAGACGGAGGGGCUCAUGCGGGAGCAGGAGAAGGCGACGGAGGUGCUGCGGGCGAAGCCGGACGAGUGA